UUAUUAUGAAGCUUGUGCUGUCUAUGCAUCCAACACGAGCAGCGACAAGAAGAACCAGCCACAGCUUAUUCAUCUGCACUGCAAACACAGAUAGCAUCGUGAGACAUGGAGAAUGGAACAAAGAAAUGGGGUUUUCAGGCAAAGAAAGGCAUGAACUCAACAGCAUCAAUAUCAGUUCGUGGAGUUCUUAACCGCUUAGCUGAAAAUCUGAACAAAGAAGACAAAAGAGAAGUUAUACCACUGGCUCAUGGUGACCCUUCUGCCUUCCCUUGCUUCAGGACUACACCUGUGGCUGAUGAGGCUAUUUUUGAUGCUGUACGAUCUGCUAAGAACAAUCAUUAUGCUCCAACUGCUGGUCUCCUUCCUGCUAGGAGAGCUGCUGCAGAUUACCUUAACCGUGACCUCCCAUACAAGUUAUCACCAGAUGAUGUUUUUCUCACACUUGGUUGCCUACAAGCAAUUGAAAUUGCAGUAACAGUCUUGGCUGCUAUACCUGGUGCCAAUGUUUUGCUUCCAAGACCAGGUUUCCCAUACUAUGAAGCUUGUGCUGCACAUUGUUGUCUUGAUGUCCGGCAUUUUGAUCUUCUCCCAGAAAAAGGAUGGGAGGUUGAUCUUGAAGCUGUUGAAGCUCUGGCAGAUGAGAACACGGUUGCAAUGGUUAUUAUAAAUCCUGGCAAUCCUUGUGGAAGUGUCUACAGCUAUCAACACUUGGAAAAGGUUGCCGAGACAGCAAGAAAGCUUGGAAUUAUGGUGAUUUCUGAUGAAGUAUAUGGCCACUUGACAUUUGGGGGUACUCCAUUUGUGCCGAUGGGAGUCUUUGCGUCAACUGUGCCUGUCCUUACACUUGGAUCUAUAUCGAAAAGAUGGAUUGUUCCCGGCUGGCGAAUGGGUUGGCUUGUCACAAAUGAUCCCAAUGGCAUCCUUCGAGAUUCUGGGAUUGUUGCGUCAAUCAAGGACUCCCUCAAUAUCUGUUCGGAUCCUCCGACUUUCAUUCAGGCUGCAGUUCCUCAAAUCAUUGAAAAUACAAAGGAUGAUUUCUUUUCGAAAAUUAAUAACAUACUGGGAGAGGCUGCAGACAUAUGCUAUAGAAAAAUACAGGACAUCCCUUGCAUCAUUUGCCCUCAUAAACCAGAAGGUUCUAUGUUUGUAAUGGUAAAAUUGAAUUUGACUCUGUUGGAAGGCAUCGAUGAUGAUGUGGACUUCUGUCUUAAGCUGGCUAAAGAGGAAUCAGUCAUGGUACUCCCAGGAAUUACUGUAGGAAUGAAGAAUUGUCUUCGCAUAACCUUCGCUGUUGAGCCUUCAGCACUUGAAGAUGGCCUUGAGAGGCUGAAAGUCUUCUGCCAAAGGCAUGCCAAGAAGCAGUAAGAUUUCAUCUAAAGUAUCAAGCAGCGAAGAGAAUCAAUAGUUGCUCGUUGAUUCCCAUGCUCCAAUGUUAGAUUUACUAGCUAUUCUGUCAAUAAAAACAGGCUGUGGAGAAGUACAACUUCUCGUCGGAUCUCCAAGGUGUAAUGGCCUGUCAGAAAAUUAGAUCUCUUAAGCUAUAUUGUGAAGUGAUUUUCUUGCCUCAAAAAACCUUUUGACAUUACAUUUACCUGUCUAUUUGGGCCGAGACUAAUCCCAUUUCUAGCCGAGAGCGUGGAGGUGAAAGCCCUCCCAACAAGUACACUUUUAAAGGGGCAGUGGUAGUAUUUGUGUG